CUGAGGUCUGCGGACGUGAGGAAUCCCUGCAGCUUGCAGACAAGAGGCCCCGUACAGGUCUCGGGACCGGAGACAUUCUUGUCAGGUUGGGACGUUGGGAGGUUCCUGUCAGUUUGGGAGGCGUGAAGAGAUUCUUCAUUAUCCGGAAAGGACUUGUACCGCUGUCUCCCACUCUUCUUGACGCUGCGAACCUGGCUGGUCGCCUAAGACUCCAAAACCAGGCGAAGAUGGCCUCAGUGCCGGUGUAUUGCCUCUGCCGGCUGCCUUACGAUGUGACCCGCUUCAUGAUCGAGUGUGACAUGUGUCAGGACUGGUUUCAUGGCAGUUGUGUUGGUGUUGAAGAGGAGAAGGCUGCUGACAUCGACCUCUACCAUUGCCCCAACUGUGAGGUCUUACAUGGGCCCUCUAUUAUGAAAAAACGCCGUGUGUCAUCAAAAGGGCAUGAAACACACAAGGGGAAGCCAGUGAAGACCGGGAGCCCUACAUUCAUUCGAGAACUCCGGAGUAGGACUUUUGACAGCUCAGAUGAAGUGAUUUUGAAACCCACUGGAAAUCAGCUGACUGUGGAAUUCCUUGAAGAGAAUAGCUUCAGUGUGCCCAUCCUGGUCUUGAAGAAAGAUGGAUUGGGGAUGACACUUCCCUCACCAUCAUUCACUGUGAGAGAUGUGGAACACUAUGUUGGUUCUGACAAAGAGAUUGAUGUGAUUGAUGUGACCCGUCAGGCCGACUGCAAGAUGAAGCUUGGUGAUUUUGUGAAAUAUUAUUACAGUGGGAAGAGGGAGAAAGUCCUCAAUGUCAUUAGUUUGGAAUUCUCUGAUACUAGACUUUCCAAUCUUGUGGAGACACCCAAGAUUGUUCGGAAACUAUCAUGGGUAGAAAACUUGUGGCCAGAGGAGUGUGUCUUUGAGAGGCCCAAUGUGCAGAAGUACUGCCUCAUGAGUGUGCGGGACAGCUAUACUGACUUCCACAUUGAUUUUGGUGGCACCUCAGUUUGGUACCAUGUGCUCAAGGGAGAGAAAAUCUUCUACCUGAUCCGCCCAACAAAUGCCAACCUAACUCUCUUUGAGUGCUGGAGCAGCUCCUCUAAUCAGAAUGAGAUGUUCUUUGGGGACCAGGUGGACAAGUGCUACAAGUGUUCUGUGAAGCAAGGACAGACACUUUUCAUUCCUACAGGAUGGAUCCAUGCUGUGCUGACCCCUGUGGACUGCCUUGCUUUUGGAGGGAAUUUCUUACACAGCCUUAAUAUUGCAAUGCAACUCAAAGCCUAUGAAAUUGAGAAGCGACUGAGCACAGCUGACCUCUUCAAGUUCCCCAACUUUGAAACCAUCUGUUGGUAUGUGGGAAAGCACAUCCUGGACAUCUUUCGAGGUUUGCGAGAGAACAGGAGACACCCUGCAUCCUACCUGGUCCAUGGUGGCAAAGCCCUGAACUUGGCCUUUAGAGCGUGGACAAGGAAAGAAGCUCUACCAGACCAUGAGGAUGAGAUCCCAGAGACAGUACGGACUGUACAGCUCAUUAAAGAUCUGGCUAGGGAGAUCCGCUUGGUGGAAGAUAUCUUCCAACAGAACGUUGGGAAGACAAGCAAUAUCUUUGGGCUGCAGAGGAUCUUUCCAGCUGGCUCCAUUCCCUUAACCAGACCAGCCCAUUCUACUUCAGUGUCCAUGUCCAGGCUGCCACUUUCCUCCAAAAGUGGUUCAAAGAAGAAAGGCCUGAAGUCCAAGGAACUCUUCAAGAAGGCAGAGCGAAAGGGCAAGGAGAGCUCAGCCUUGGGGCCUGCUGGGCAAUUGAGCUAUAAUCUCAUGGAUACAUACAAUCAUCAGGCACUGAAGACAGGCUCUUCCCAGAAAGCAAAGUUCAACAUCACUGGUACCUGCUUGAAUGACUCAGAUGAUGACUCGCCAGACUUGGACCUUGACGGAAAUGAGGGCCCGCUGUCCCUAUUGAUGGCUAAUGGCAGUACCAAGAGGAUGAAAAACUUAGCAAAGUCUCGGCGAGCCAAGAUCGCAAAAAAGGCAGAUAAGGCUAGGCUGGUGGCAGAACAGGUGAUGGGGAAUGAUUUUGAUUUGGAUUCAGAUGAUGAACUACAGAUUGACGAGAGAUUGGGAAAGGAGAAGGCAACCCUGAUAAUCAGACCAAAAUUUCCCAGAAAGUUGCCACGUGCGAAGCCUUGUUCUGACCCCAACCGGAUUCGUGAACCAGGAGAAGUUGAGUUUGAUAUUGAGGAGGACUAUACAACAGAUGAGGACAUGGUAGAAGGGGUUGAAGGCAAGCUUGGGAAUGGGAGUGGAGCUGGUGGAAUUCUUGAUCUGCUGAAGGCCAGCAGGCAGGUGGGGGGACCUGACUAUGCUGCCCUCACUGAGGCCCCUGCCUCUCCUAGCACUCAGGAGGCUAUCCAAGGCAUGCUGUGUAUGGCCAACCUGCAAUCCUCAUCAUCUUCACCAGCUACCUCCAGUCUGCAGGCCUGGUGGACAGGGGGCCAGGACCGGAGUAGUGGGAGUUCCAGCAGUGGUGUGGGCACAGUUUCUAGCAGCCCUGCUUCCCAGCGUACCCCGGGAAAGCGGCCUAUCAAGCGGCCAGCAUACUGGAAAACUGAGAGUGAGGAAGAGGAGGAAAACGCCAGUCUGGAUGAACAGGACAGCUUGGGAGCAUGCUUCAAGGAUGCAGAGUAUAUUUACCCUUCCCUGGAGUCUGAUGAUGAUGAUCCUGCUUUGAAAUCUCGGCCCAAGAAAAAGAAGAAUUCAGAUGAUGCUCCAUGGAGUCCUAAAGCUCGUGUGACCCCAACUCUACCCAAACAGGACCGUCCUGUGCGUGAGGGGACCCGAGUAGCUUCCAUUGAGACAGGCUUGGCUGCAGCAGCUGCAAAGCUAGCUCAACAGGAGUUGCAGAAAGCCCAAAAGAAAAAAUAUACUAAGAAGAAGCCUUCAUUGAAGGAGGUAGAACAACCUCGCCCUCAGGAGUCCAAUCUCAGCAUAGCAGCACCAGCCCCAACUCUGGCUGCUAUACCCCAGCUUCUCACCUCCUCCUUGCCCCUGCCUCCUCCUGAGCCUAAACAAGAAGCCGUUUCUGGAAGUCUUGCUGACCAUGAAUAUACUGCUCGCCCCAAUGCCUUUGGCAUGGCCCAGGCAAACCGCAGCACCACACCCAUGGCCCCUGGUGUCUUCUUAACCCAGCGUCGCCCUUCAGUUGGAUCCCAGAGCAAUCAAGCAGGACAAGGAAAGCGUCCCAAAAAGGGCCUGGCCACAGCAAAGCAGAGACUCGGCCGUAUCCUAAAAAUCCACAGAAAUGGCAAACUCCUUCUGUGAACCUCCUUACGUGCUGCCCCUGAACCCUUCACCCCCACUGCCUUCUCAUUGUCAAUUCUCGGGGCACUCCUGGAUCCUAUCUGCCCCGGACAAGGUGCUGAGGCGCACUGUCCUGCUUUCUUGGAACUGACCAAAGGCAUGGACUCCCUGCAGACCCUUCACCAACUCCCCCAGUUCCCUUCCUUACUCCCACUAGAGCAGCCUGCCUUCCUUCUCCAGACCUCUGAGUAGCAGGUGAAUGGGAGAACUUCCUAGCAGAGUAGAACCCUUUUUGCUGCUGUCCCAGCCCAUGUCCUUUUCACUGGCCUUGUCUGCCCUUUACUCUCAUCCCACCUAGAGCUCGAAAGCAGGACAAGAAUACUCAUGAGAGCCUGGGUCCCUGACUAUUUCCCUAGUUAUGAAGUGGGCCCAUCGCUCAACAUUUUCCACGACUCCAGCCCGGUCUUUAGAGCCCUGCCCACCUCUGCCCAUUUUUCCUUCUCCUCCCUCCCCUCAGUGAAUGUGACCUGCCUUCAGACUUUCCUUGGGAAAAGGGUCUGACCUCCGACCCCUCUUGCCAAAUGCUUCCUGAAAAUAAAGAGGAGGGCCCAGAGUCCCCUUAUUGCCCCACUGUUGGCCAUUCCCAGCAGCCUAGAAAGGCCACGGCUUGACUUCACUCAUCUUUGGGAAGAAGGGGGAGUCCUUCCACUUCUGAAGGUGAGGAGAGGACAGACAUGCAACCUUCAAUAUGACUUUGUAGCCCACUGGAGGAAGCUACUUUGGGGUGGCUACAGAUGAUGCCUAACUCCCAGGGUGAGCUCCCAAGAUUAACCUGGAUCUUGUGGUCCUGUUGAAUAUUACCCACAUGGCUGUGGCUGGGCUCCAGCAGGUGAAAAAUUAUCUCCCAAAGCCGGGAAGCACCUGUCAUUGGAGCAGAUAACCAUGGUCCUGUGGCCUGCUCCCUUCACCUGUACCACAGAAAAUAGUUUGGACUUUCUGAAGACGCGGUGCCAGGACAUCUCACCCCUGGCUUCUUCAUGAGGAGCCUCCCCACUUCUUUCUGCGCCUGAAGAAGACCUCAGAAUUCGCAUAGUCAUCCUGGGCCUUCAUACUUCUAGAUGUCAGGUCAACACUCCAGUUACAGUGCAGAUGGACCACCCUGGAGCCUGAACCUAGGAGAGGAGACACCCAUCUGUGAAGGAGCAAAUCGCCUCCCCUCUUCCCUUUGUGGAUGUCUCUGUUGUCCAAACAGUGCCCACCCCCCUCUCUACCUCCCCCAGCUCCCUCCACUUCUGCUGGUCUUGCCUCCCUGGCAUCCUAGUGGAUGGAGAAUUCCUUCCCAAUUCCUUUUUGGCACUGUCCAAGUAGAACAGGUCCUUACUCUUUUCCCCACUCCAACCUUAUCCCAGUUUGCAGUGCUUCUGGGAACUUAACAGCUACCAUGCAGGCCACAGAAGAUAUGUAAGCUUCCCUUGUCAUCUUGGUGUCUAUAGUUUAUCUUUCUUUUCUCCACAGCCCUACAUUUACUAUCCUUCUUUGGAAUCAGAGGUCCCUUAACCCCAUUUGCUUUUUCUAUUUUGGGGACCCCAGGGGCCAAGCAGUCCUCCAUCUAGUCACACCAAAGGCAACAAGCCUGACUACCUCCCUCCUAAUACAUGAGGUCCCCACUCCCCUCCCCUCUGUUUCCACUCAGCUUUGCUUUUCUUGGGGAUUUCAAGGCAGCAGGGGGGUACUGAGCGGGGAGGAGGGGCAACCUGCGUUCCUGUGUAGGCAACUGCCUAACUGGGUUCUGCCUGCUGUCACCAAGGCCAUGACCCAGCCCUCCUGCCCACUAACCACCACCUCUCAUUGAUCUUUCAAAGGCAGCUAAUUGCUAGCAGAUUCCCCUGGUUCCAGCCUCUUUCCUCUGUGUCUUUGUUAGCAGUUUCUGUGGAGCUGAAACCCAACCUCCAUUUCACUGGGUUUCAUUUAGUAUAGUCAGGCUCUCAGAGCCUCCUGUUUGUUGUUUUGUAUUUCAAAUGAAAAGCAAGUUUACCCUCAGAGUUAUGCUUUUCCAAAGAGGCUAGUGCGCUUUCCCCCCCUUGUUUCAGGUUCUAAGUGAGUUGGGGAGGGGUAGGGAGUGGUAGUAACCAAGGUUCAAAACAUGGUGAGUUACCUCUAGUCUCUAAUCCUCAGCACUGAGUUGGGGGUUGGGUAGGGGGCAGGGAGAGAGGAUUUGUAUUCACCCUUAAUAUAUUUUUACAAAAAAGCAAACAAUUUAAAAGCAAGCCCACCGCUUCUGUACAUGUCUAAAUAUAUUUUUAGAAGUGGGUAGGAUUGUGAAUUUCUGAUGCAGGGCCUUUUUAUAAACAGGUUAGAAUAGCAUCAUACAGACUUCUCUGUUGGUUUUUUCCCGUUUUUUUUUUUCUUAUGUUGUGUUACUAAUGUAAUUUAUAUUUUUUU